AUGUCUGCAGAAGUCACUCCAUUCUGGUCCUCUAUCUGCAUUGAGGUCCUCUACGGCGUUGCGAUGGCGCAUCAUGACAAUCUCGAGGAACAGUCGUCUUCUAUGACGGUCCAUCGCUCAGCACAGCGACUGAAGAGUCUUACCCUGCUUCACGUCUGUCGCUCAUGGCGCCAUUCGAUGCUCACACACGCCAAACUCUGGUUCGAUCUACCCCCGCAAGUCAGCGCUUUGACCUUUCAGGCUUUUCUCCAACAUGCCGCGCGCAACCCGAUCAACGCGAAUGGCGCUUCACCUCCUACACUUGAGAUCAGCUCAAUAUCUGUAGAAAACAUGCUCGGGCCGUUGCAGUUCGCCUGCACGAUUCUUCCUCGCUCUUCGUCACAUGCUCUCUGCAUGCACCUCGACGCUCGCACUCUCCUUGGCGGGAUUUUAAUAGAGGCAUCUCCGUACAUGACGCAUCUGUCCCUCAAGGACGUGGGAACCGCAAACGCCCUUACCAUUGUCACUCAAUUGGCACCUCACCUGCAGAGUGUGACUCUCGAGACGUCCAGACGCACCGACCUCAAGAUUGCUGCCCGGCAUGUCAAUGCAGUGACCCCCCUUUCCUUCCCGCAUCUCAAGGCGCUGGAUAUUGCGUCGGAUUGCGCCUCGUCGCUCCAGGCCCUCACCAAUCUACUACGACUCUCCCAUCACGCACGCAUGCAUAUUCGUUGGCGCAACGUUCGUACCAUAGGAACGGCCGAGAACUUUCUUCAAUGUUUACUCGCCGAUCGCAAGGACGCUCUUCCCACAUUAUUUCUUGACGUCGAGUCUCGGGACUACACACGACUUCUGUCAUGCUCCGACCCAGCGAUACCAUGUAACGCCGAGGACGUGCCUACUUCUAAUCCCGAAUUUCUUGAGCCGCUUCUUGACGUAACAUUCGAAUGGGCCAACAAGCUUACUACAAUGGAACGCUCUCGUUACAACGGCGCAAUCUGCAGCAAAGUCUCGGCCGUCUCUCCUAGCAUCAAGCACGUUGUACUAGUCUACGGGCACCGUGGCGAGGAUGCCAUAGACCUCUGUCACGCAUUGGUUACCCUCGCCGAUCUCGCUGACGGCCUUCAAACUCUUGUUCUUCGCGGCGACUGGAAACUCGCUAUGGAAGCGCUGCAGUUGACGCUACUCCCGGAUUUAUACCGGGUCGUCGUGCAAGAUCAUAUAGCACUCGCGCAAUCAGCCGAUAUGGUUGAUGCUGUACGGGUUCUUCAUCCUGUCAUCAACGACACGUUACGGAGCAUGGCACUCGGUGCAAGGGUCUACGUUGGCUCCGAAUGCAUCUUCGCGCACCGAUCGAGCGCGCGCCUGUGGGAUAUCCAGGUUCCCGAAGAGAUGUGGCUCGAGUGGAACGAAUCGACGAUCAUCGACUUCUACGAUCCCGUGUCGGAGGAGACGCAAACCGCUCUCAAUUACGCCUAUGAUGAGUGGAUGGACGAGAUCUACCUACCAGGCAAAGGCGGCCAUGAGGUGUUCGAGUGGGUGGAACAGGUCUUGAUUGAUAAGGUUCAGCGCGAGCAAGACGCGCAGGAGGCGUCGGAGGCGGCGAAAAUGGGGACGAUUUGCGCUUGA